AGCAACUCACAAGACCCUCGUCAUUUUUUGUUAAGAAAUAUUGUUUGAAAACUAAAUUUCAACAUAUUGAUAGAAAGUAUUAAGAAAAGAGCCGCUUCUGCUUGCGCUUAACCAAAUAAUUAUAAAUUGUGUACACAUUUACUGCUCGAAUAUUCUGUGCAUACGUUUUUGUAACCUUGAUGUGAUGUUGGAGGGAGCGUUUGAUUUCUCCAACUGUUUGAUAAAAUGUCUACUAGGCAAAGCCAGUACAACCAUCUUCUCUCCCUACUCCACAAACACAGCCAUCGCCGCCGCGCCAUUCAGCAAAUCCACUGCCACCUUCUCCUCACAAAUCCACUCCUCAACCACAGAAUUUGCUUGCUUGUUCUCUGGAACUCCCUAAUCAAGCACUACGCACUCGGCACAUUCCCACAAGAUGCUCUCUCUCUCUUCAAAUAUAUCGGGAAUCAAAGGAAUCCCUUUUCCUUCGAUACCUUUACUUACUCCUAUCUCAUCAAAGCAUGUGCGAAUAUGAACACACCUGACGUGGGGAACCAGCUCCAUUGCCUGAGCACUAAAGUGGGGUUCCAUACCAACCUUCACGUGCAGACUGCGUUGGUGAAUAUGUAUGCAGAUUCUGGGUAUUUGGUUGAAGCCAGGAAGGUGUUUGACGAAAUGCCUGAGAGGAAUUUGGUGACUUGGAAUGUUUUGCUCACGGGAUUCGUUAAAUGGGGCGAGAUCGGGCUUGCAAGGGCUGUUUUUGACGCCAUGCCGGAGAAGAAUGUCGUUUCUUGGACCGGGAUGAUCGACGGGUACACUCGUGUGAACCGGUUUCACGACGCCUUGAAUUUGUUUCGGACAAUGGUCGUGCACCAAGGGAUCCGACCCACGGAGGUGACGCUCCUCGCACUCUUCCCGUCUAUAUGGAAUGUCGGAUCACUCGAGUUUUGCCAGAUGAUUCAUGGUUACACAGAGAAAAGUGGACUGAACAUGAUGGAUGUUCGUGUUGUUAAUUGCCUCAUCGAUGCAUACUCGAGAAGCGGGAGCAUAGGAAGCGCGUGGCGGGUGUUCGAGGAUGUCGAUGAUGAGAGCAAGAAUUUGGUUUCUUGGACUUCAAUGAUAUCUGCAUUUGCAAUGCACGGAAUGGCUGCAGAAGCUUCUCAUUGCUACAAGGAAAUGGAAAACAAAGGCGUCACGCCCAACUCCAUCACGUUUCUGAGCGUGAUGAGCGCUUGCAGUCACGGCGGAUUGGUGGUCGAGGGGCUCGAGUUCUACAGGAAAAUGGUGGAUGAUUAUGGGAUUGUGCCCGGAAUCAAGCAUUACGGAGCUUUGAUAGACAUGUUGGGGAGGGCAGGGAGAUUGGAGGAAGCGGAAAAGAUAGCCCUAGGCGUCGCCCCGAGUGAAACUGUGGUGUGGAGGACACUUUUGGGCGCUUGCAGCUUCCAUGGCAACGUCGAGAUGGGCGAGAGGGUGACGAGGAGGAUCAUGGAGAUUGAGCUGAGAUAUGGUGGCGAUUAUGUGCUUCUGUCAAACAUCUUCUCUGCUGCAGGUAGGUUUGUGGAUUCUGAGAGAGUCAGGAAGAUGAUGGAUGGCAGAAAUGCCUCAAAACUUGCUGGGAUUACUCUGUCCACUUGCAGAGAUUUUUCAUGACCAUAAUCUUACAUAUUCUCAGUGAACAAAAGCUUAUCAAAAUCUUAAAUUUCGAUCUAAAUAAGAUGUUGAGAUAUUGAUAUCUA